AUGUCAGAUGUAGAGGAAACUUUGAAGAGAAUUCAGAGCCAAAAGAAUGUUGCUGGAGUUAUCGUUAUGGACUCAUCCGGUCGAGCAAUUCGAUCAACAUUGGAUGAUGAAGCUACACAACAACAUUGUAUAUUGCUGCAUCAAUUGUGCGAUAAAUCAAAAAGUGUUAUCCGGGAAUUGGAUGGCUCAAAUGAUCUCACAUUUUUGAGGUUACGAACAAGAAAACACGAAAUAAUGAUUGCACCUGACAAAGACUUCUUGUUAGCUGUAAUACAAAACAUUUCUGCGCAGUUUUGA